CCCACCGUCUUGUACGCCCAGUCCCUGGGAUGUCCACAGCACCGCCUGACUAAUUUAAGGCCUCGCAGCGUUAGUCCACGUGGAUCGCCCGGAGCAAAGCCCUGCGACUAACGGGAGUAGCAGGUGUCCCUAGUCCGGGCUAUGUCUGGCUGUCCCACUCCGGAGGGAGAGUGUUGCUCUCGGCAAUGCCGCCUGCAGGACAAGGAACAUCCAAGAUACCUGAUCCCAGAGCUUUGCAAACAGUUUUACCAUUUGGGCUGGGUCACUGGGACUGGAGGAGGCAUUAGCUUGAAGCAUGGCGAUGAAAUCUACAUUGCUCCUUCAGGAGUGCAAAAGGAGCGGAUUGAGCCUGAAGACCUGUUUGUUUGUGACAUCAAUGAACAGGACCUACGCGGACCUCCGCCACACAGGAGUCUAAGAAAGAGCCAGUGUACACCUCUUUUCAUGAAUGCUUACACCAUGCGAGGAGCAGGCGCAGUGAUCCACACGCACUCGAAAGCUGCUGUGAUGGCCACCCUUCUUUUUCCGGGACGGGAGUUUAAAAUCACACAUCAAGAGAUGAUAAAAGGAAUAAAGAAGUGUACCUCAGGAGGGUAUUAUAGAUAUGAUGAUAUGUUGGUAGUACCCAUUGUUGAGAAUACACCCGAGGAGAAAGACCUCAAAGAACGAAUGGCCCGUGCGAUGAAUGAAUACCCAGACUCCUGUGCAGUACUGGUCAGGCGUCAUGGGGUUUACGUCUGGGGAGAGACUUGGGAGAAGGCUAAAACUAUGUGUGAGUGUUAUGACUAUUUGUUUGACAUGGCCGUGUCAAUGAAGAAAGUGGGACUGGAUCCCACACAGCUCCCAGUCGGAGAAAAUGGAAUUGUGUAAGCCACAUGGAAGUUUCUAUACAGAGACAAAGCUUAGCUGAAUUAUUACUUAUAUGAAACCUAAUUUUUUAAUUAAUUGAAAUUUUCACACUGCCAUUAAUAUGUCACUAAAUACUGCAGAUGAUCACCCUGGAUCUCUUCUGACAUUGACUUGCUUAAAUUAUUGUAAUUUUAAAUGACAAUGCAAUAGAAUAAAAAUUUUAUAAUGAAGGUGGGGAUGGGUGGGGCAGAG